AUGCAGGAGCUCAUUGCCGGCGUGGAGAAGAUUGUGUUUGACUUGGAGGCUGAUGUGGAGGAGCAGAAGGGCACUGGUCUUCUGCCCUUCCUGGGCAUGGACAAGUCCAGGGCAGCUGUUUGCAAUUUCUUUCUCAAAGGCCUGUGUGGGAAAGGUGGGCUUUGCCCUUUCCUGCACCUCAGCGGGGAGAAGACAGUGGUCUGCAAACACUGGCUGAGGGGACUGUGCAAGAAGGGCGACCAGUGUGAGUUCCUGCACCAGUACGAUGUCACCAAGAUGCCCGAGUGCUACUUCUUCUCCAACUUCGGAAAAUGCAGCAACAAGGAGUGUCCUUUCUUGCACUUGGACCCUGCCUCUCGAAUCCGGGAUUGCCCUUGGUACAAUCAAGGCUUCUGCAAGAAUGGUCCCCGGUGCAAACACCAGCACACCCGCCGAGUGAUGUGCAUCAACUACCUCGUUGGCUUCUGCCCUGAAGGACCCAAGUGCAAGUUCGUGCAUCCCAAGAUGGAUCUGCAGCUGGGAAAUCAGGAUAAGGUCAAGAGCCAGGCUCCAGGACAAGCACCCCCAAACCCUGCCACGGGCAUCUCUUCGAAGGGCCCCAGCGUGGACUACCUGCCCCCACCUCGCCUCUCAGCCCUCCGCUUCCUCCACUAUCACCUGAGGGCCCAGCAGAACAUGGCUCAGCCCUCCCCAGGCUUCAAACCCCUGCCUCUGAUCACCUGCUUCAGGUGUGGAGGAAAGGGCCACUAUGCCAACAAGUGUGGGAAGAUUUCCACAGGACUACUGAAAGGAGAAUAACUUAGGAUCCAGGUGGCCAGAGUCCUCUAUCGAAGAACAGCCCAUGCAGCUCUGGAUGCUCAAACUAGGUUCCCUUAAUUUCUUGGGGUUCCAGGCUAGAGGACCAGACCCACCAAAUCCUCAGCCCAUUUUGCCUGGUGCCUGUCACUCGUUCACUGCCUAGGAAAAGGGAACAGAAGUCACACCGCUUUGAUUAAUGAGCUUUUCCAGCUCUGGGGAUGCUGUGUUAGACCAUUC